CACCAGCUCAGAACAAGAACACAUCUCUCUAUCAUGGCUGCCACCUGGACCCUGGAGGACGACAUGUCCUGCCCUGUGUGCUGCGAUGUUUUCACUGACCCUGUGGUGCUGGGCUGCAGCCACAGCUUCUGCAGGAGCUGCCUGGACAACUACUGGAACACUCAGGACAUCAAAAAGUGCCCCGUCUGCCGCAAACAUUCCCAAACCGACGCUCCACCCAGUAACCUGGCUCUGAGGAACAUCGUGGAGACCUUUGCGAGGGAGAGGAGCCACAAUACCACCAAGCAGGAUGAGACGAGAGAGGGGGAGAAGGAGAGCCAGGGAAGGAGGGAGUCAGGAGGGAGGAGUGGGUUGGUACCGGAUGGGGAUGAAAGGUGCAGUCUCCAUGGGAAGAGGUUGUUGUUGUUCUGUGUGGAGGACCAGGAGGCUCUGUGUGCGGUGUGUCAGACCUCCAGGAGACACAGGACUCAUCAGCUCUGCCCUGUGGAUGAGGCUGCUCAGGAACUCAAGGAAGAAGUGAAAGCAUCUAUCAUCCCUCUGAGGAGGAAGUUGGAGACAUUCCAAAAGUUGAAGGAGGAUUGCAUGAAAACAGCAGAACACAUCAAGAGCCAGGCCAAGCAAGCAGAAAGGAAGAUAAGAGAUGAGUUUGUGUCCCUGCAUCAAUUCCUGCGCCUGGAGGAAGUUGUCCGGCUGUCUGCCCUCUCUGAGGAGGUGGACAUGAAGACAGUUAUAAUGGCAGAGAAGAUUGAACACCUGGCCAAGAAGAUUACCUCCUUGACCAGCAACAUCAGAGAGAUAGAACAGGAUAUAGAGGCAAACGACCUUCCAUUUCUCCAGGCUUACAAGAACAACAAAGCAAGGGCCAACUGUACAUUGCAGGAUCCAGAGCCUGUAUCAGGGGCAUUGAUCGAUAUGGCCCAACACCUGGGCAACCUAAGGUUCAAGAUCUGGGAGAAGAUGCAGGAGAAGGUGCAAUACACCCCAGUGACUCUGGACCCCAACACCGCGGCCCCCUGGCUAUCUCUCUCAGACGACCUGACCAGUGUGUGCGUCAGCGGAGAGAAACAUCACGUCCCCAACAACCCAGAGCGCUGUGACACGUGUGUUUGCGUGCUGGGGGCCGACCCCUUCAGUUCCGGCAGUCACUGUUGGGAGGUGGAGGUGGCGGGUAAGACCAGAUGGGACCUAGGGGUCCUGAGAGAGAGUGUGAGUAGGAAAGGGGUCCUGAGUGUGAACCCUGCCCACGGGUUCUGGGCCCUGUCCCUGAGGGACGGCGGCCAGUACAGCGCCUGCACCAUGCCCUGGACCCGUCUCACUCUGAAGAGGAGGCCCAGGAGGGUCAGAGUGUGUCUGGACUAUGAUGCGGGAGAGGUGACUUUCUAUGACCCCACUGACAUGUCACUCAUCUAUACAUUCAGGGACAAGUUUAAAGAGCCAUUGUUGCCCUACCUCUGUCCCUGUGUGAGUGACAGCGGCCGGAAUGCUGAGCCACUAAAGAUAUGCCCUGCCAAAGUCUCAUUGGUUCAUGAUGUUGGUGAUAAAGUUUUGUAGAUUACAAUAUGUAUUUUUUUUUUUAGAGGAGACAUUGCUAGUGCAUUCAUAUGUUUCACUAUCUAUUAUUAACACAAUGGAUGUAUAUUUUUGGGGUAUAUGUGAACGGAACAAUUCUUGUCCUAUAUAAUAUCAUAAGUCAUAUUUUCUUGGUGUGUGUCCAAUGGCAAGAUAAACAAAAAAGGUGAUGAUUACUCAGCAUUUGAGUUAAUAUUCUGUAAGACUUCUUCUAAAUGCUUAUGAAUGAUCAUGCUUAUAAAUGUGUAUAAAUACAACAAUUAAAUACUUUUAUGUUCA